UUAUUUUCUAAUGACAGCUUAUUAAUCUAGAUUUUAAAAAAUUAAACUUAUUUUCUAAAAAUUAUUAAUACUCUCUCCAAAAGAUGUUGCUCACCUUAUGUUAUAAAUCAAUUAAUUACUUUAUGUCAUUGCUAUAAACACACCUAUAUUUUUUAUAUUUAUCUAGAGUAGAGUCUAAUUUGUAAAUUUAUAUAUGAAGCUGCUAAAUUCAUUCAGGAAUUAAUAUAAUUAUAUAUUUUGUCUUAUUAUAUAUUACUACAAUCAAAUAUUAAAGUAGUGAUAUAUGCAUCAAAAAAAAUAUUUUCAAAAUCAAAUUGAGUUGCCUCUAUAUGGUACAACAAAUAAUUCUUCUAUCAUAUUUGAUGAUGUAGAUAAUGACAAUAAUAAUGAAUUGAUAAUUGGUAUCUUAGAAGGCAAGGUAUCAAUAUACAAAGGUUCUAAUUGCCAAAAGGUUGUAUCUAUAUACAAUUUAGGCAUGAUAACUAAUGUAUUAUGUGGAAAAAUUUAUUUAAAAGAUUAUAAUAAUUUGCUUGUUAUAUCUGGUAAAGGUAAAAUUCACAUUAUUGAAGUUCCAUAUUUAAAAAAUGAUCCUCUAAAAACUAAAAUUACUCUGAUGCCAAUAUAUAGUCAGCAUAUACCUGCUAACACAAAAACAGGUAUCUUAAUUGAUUUUGAUGGUGAUGGACUUGAUGAAGUUGUUAUAGGUUUGACUGAUAGAAUAGUUAGAUCUUUUAAAUGGGUUUUUGAUGCACAAGUUAAAAAUGACCUCCAAAUCUCAACACAAAAUUUAAAAGGAAAAUUUAUAGCUUAUCAUAAAUGGGAACUCAUAAAACAGAUAGGGAAUUUGUCGUAUGACUUUAAUACAGGUUUUUUGGGAAAAAUAGAAGAUAAGUAUAAAACUUUGAGGUUACUUUGCUCACAGCCUAAAAAUUCCUAUGUGAUUUUGCCCACACAAGAACAAUUGAACAAUGAUAAUUUAGAAUACUUCUCAAACUUUCAGCAUCCUGACAUUUCUCCCAAUAAUAAUAUGCCAGUGGAAUAUAUAACUAUAACACCAUCACAACCUCAAGAAAGCUCCAAUUCAUCAACUGAAAUAUGUGGAAGCUUAAUAAUAAAUUUACAAGAUGUGAAACACUCAUAUUCUGCUUUAAUAACUAUAGAUGGUAAACUUUAUGUUCUACUCAAAGAUAGUGUUGUAUAUUCCCUCAAUCUUAAAGACUCUUUGUUUGGAUUAGGGAAAUUAAAUUUAUUAGAUAGAGAUCAUGAUCAAUUCAUUUUUUCUUCUUGGCAGGGAAACACAUACAUUUUAGAUCCACCAAAUAAUAUCACUGUCCAUCAAUUUAACCAAGAUGUCAGAGCUUUUUCAUUUGGUUACUAUUCUUUUAGGGAUUCGAAAAAACUUCCAUGUCUCAUAUAUAUUACCCUGGAUAACAUUGGUUACUUGACUUAUGAUUGAUGUUGCCUCCGAUUGUUUUUAUAAAUUUGUC